UGUAAACAUACGGGUAUUUAAAUUUGAUAAUCUUAAAUAAGACUAAAUAUAGAUUUCUUAAAAUCCGAGAUUUUAUAAUAAGGUCAUGUUAUAAACAACCAAGGUGUGCUUUUGAACUACCAUGGAAAAGGGAAGAAUGAACAAAGAAGACGAAGACAGACUUCAAUCGAAUAUACUUUAUCUGAAAGCUAACAUAAAUCCUGACGAUGUAAUAGAUCAUCUAUUACAAGAUCGUGUGAUCACUUUUGAUCACCAUGGUGAUUUGAAAAAUGAAAAGACAGGCUCUGACAAAAUGGAUGAAUUGAUUAAGAUUUUGAGAUUUGCGGGAACAAACUCGUACAGGAAAUUUGUGAACUGUUUAAAGAAAAGUGGAUAUUCGCAUGUAGCCAAACAACUCUUGCCAGAUACUACAGCAAAGGAUUUGACGCCUGAAUUAAGAACAAGUUCAGGAGAUACCGGAAGAUAUGCUACUGAAAACGAGGAAAAUUUAAUCAAAGAGGGAUCAGAGUACAGCAACACCAACAAGUUACAAAAACUACAGCCAAUCUCUGCUGAUUCGAAUGUUGCAGACGGUCCCAUAAAACCAGAACAAAAUGUCGGACGCACAUCUCCUGAAGCAGCGGCAGCAGGUACUUCGGAAGAAACAGGUUAUGAUGAAAUUCCACCAGAGGAUGAUACAGAAGCAGGAUACGAUACUCCCCAAUUUGCAGACACAACUGAACUCUGUCUUCGAAUUCCAUUUAAAGACGACAAGUUAGAAGAAUCGUCACAUUUUAAUUACUACAAAACAUACACGGAGCUCUUGUCUCUCCCGGGAUGGUGCCCAAGAAUAAAUGACACAAAUCACAACAAAGUAGUGAAAUAUCUGAGGAAUGGGGAAUUCUUUAUAUGGUAUAGCAAACAGAAAGAAGCUUUCAUCAUAACUCUAAGUUGCAGUACCAAAUUGCACCAAAACGGUUGUAUUUAUGUCAAAGUGAAAACAAGAACGGAUGGAACUGAUAAUUUAUUCAGAAUAUCAAAGGAAAACGAAUUUAAAUCACUUUUAGAAUUGUUUAAACAUUACAUUCAUAAUGGUUUACCAACAAAAUUUAUUAGAAAAUAAAAAAAUAAAGUUGUG